AUGGUAAAAAAUGUAAGCACAAAUGAUUUGUAUAAUUGGAAUGCAGUGGUAGAAACUAUGGAUUUAUAUGAAAAAUAUCUUCUCUUUCCUAAUGCCGACUAUGGUAAUGAACCAUAUUGUAAUUGUACUUCGGAAAUCUGGUUCGGGGAAGGUGAAGCACCAGAAAUGUGUUCAGAGUUAGAAAUGAAUGAAUGUAAUAAAGAAACAGAAUUUCGUUGUAAAAGUGGAAUGUGUAUUCCUCUUUCUUCGGCCUAUGAUGGCACAGAUGAUUGUCUUGAUCGAAGUGAUGAACAACGUGAUGAUACAGGAUGCUUCUAUGAUCCAUCCGCAAAAUGUGAAGAAUACAAUUGCGUUGGAUGA